AUGAAUUCAUUAUUUUUUUCUAUAAAAUAUUUAAUGUUUGCAUUUUUAAUUUUGAUAUUGCAAUAUUCUAACAAUAGUUCUUUCGAAUCUUGGAACAUUAAAAAAAACUCAGAAGGAGCUUUUCGUUUAAAGGUUAAAAGAACAUUAUCAGAAAAUAUAUUUAAAAAGUCAAAAAGUGAAUCCACAGAAAAUCUAUUAUAUGCAUACGAAAAAGAAGAAAUAAAUGAGAAACAAGAUGAAAAGGAGAAAGAUAUUACAAAAUCAAAUACACAGAAAUCAAUUUUUCAUUCAAAUAUUAUCCCAAAAUCUUCAGAAACAAAAGUAGAAAUAUCAAAUGAAAAUAGUGUUAGCAAAAAAAAAGUAAGCAAAUGUAAAGAUAAAUUCAUUCGUACUUUAGCUUUUUCCCUUGCUUUCUUGUCAUUACCACUCUAUUUGGUUUAUUUAAGUCAUAUGGCAGCCUUUUUUAAUUGGGAUAAACAUAAGAAAACAUCUCUUAUUAUAAUGAGUUAUUGUAUUCUAAUGAUUUCAUUUAUGAUAUGUUUACUCUUUCGUAGGUAG